AUGUACGAGCGAUUCCUCAGAGGGUGGUUCUGGCCCUCGACGCCAAAAAUAGCAACACCAUCAUUUCGAAUCCGCACCAAGCUCAACUCAGACGAGGCCGUUCGCAGGCUUCACAAGAUCCGGACCUCUCUCCAGAUGACCAAGCAGGAAAUCGUCGACAUCUGCCGGACGGUGGAACAAGAUGGCCAACUCCAGGGAGCUUUGUUCAAGGCUGACACUGAGCUCUUGGUGACCAUCCUGGCGGUCCGCACCUACCAUGUCGGGGAGAGGGAGUAUAUCGGAGCCGCAGUCCUUACUUUUGAGCGGUUGAUGGCGCGAACAAGGGCGCUGUUUCUGAAGGCACAUCCAGCAGUGCGCACCUAUCGAGGCUCAACGCCGAGCGAACUCCAUUUCCUAGCGAGGAUGCUGGCCGAGGAGAUCCACAAGAGCAUGGCGAUCCUCACGAGCGUGAGAGAGAAGGUCCGGAAUGAAGUUUAUCCUGACGUUGCCGCGACAGUCGAGGUCCAGAUCAGCUGGAGAAAGUGGGUUUGUCUGCUGCACGGGAGACGCCUUCACGGCAGAGGAAGGAGGGCAGAAGGUGGCAACAGCGUGAGGCGGGUGCAGGAGCAUCAUGAGAGGGAGCACCUGUUUACGGGAAACGGGAUGGCGCACAAUGGAGGGCGUUGUCGGUGUUUGGACUAUGAAUGA